AUGAAUUUCAGAUUUGAGAAAGUCGACCAAUUGCCUCCUGGAUCACCAGUGGAUCCCUUCCAUCUCUUUGAUCGUCUUGUGGGUGGAGUCAUUAACCGAAUACUAUUCUCAAUGCCCGCAGAUGAGGAGGAGGAAAUGAAGUUCUACAGAUAUAAGAAAGAAAUGGAUGAAUUUGUUGAGGACCUGUCUUUUAUCGAUUCUUUCGCUAGCAAGUGGAUGCUAAAAGUUCCUGUAUUAAAUACAAGAUGGAAAAGAAUGACUCAACCCGUACUAAAUAUGAAAGAGUUUAUUAGGAAACAGGUUGAGGAAAGGAAGCAUGCCAUAGAAAAUGGUAACCACAUUAUUGAUGCUGAGCCCCAGGAUUACACUGAUGCUUUUAUUCAAAAGAUGAAAGAAAACGCAAAAGGUGGUGUCACAGAUACAUCAUUCGAGUAA